AUUUUCGUGGGGGCAAUAUUGGAGGCGCGUAGUGAGUCUCCAUAUUUACCAUUUUAUUGCCCAUUAGCUGUCUCCCCUGCUGUAAAAAAUAAAUAAAUACAUAAAUAAAUAUAUCAGCUGAGUGUGACAAUCCGCACGGCUGUCAUCCACGUGUGUUUGUUUACAUUGGAGGGACAACCACAACAACCUUCAAGACAGCCAAAACACCCUAAAAACCUGUUAUAUAUACUAAUUUAUCCACUUAUUCUUCUAUUUAUUAUUCACUGAGUUUAUUUAUGAAGUGAUGGAGGGAAGGGAAGGUGUUUUAGAGGAGCUGUUCACGGUGAAGGAGGAGGAGGAGCAGAGGACCAAGGCACGGCGCUGCAAGGUGGUGUGUGCGCUGAGAGAACAGGAGAGAGAGGCGUUACUAGCACAAGUCACCACCAGGCUGCAUUGUCUAUUAAAUCAAGACCCCCGCCAGGCCUUGCUAGUUGCCCUUUGCUGUGACGGAUGCCCGGCCUUGAAAGGGGUCCUGCUGGGGGAGUCCUGCUGGAGGGAACUGCUGCGGGUCUGCUGUCAACUCUUGGGAACACUGAGGAAGGAGGAGGAGGAAGAGGAAGAGGAGGAGGAGGAGGAGUCUUGGCCACCUUCAUCCUUCCUUUUGGCUGUGAGGGUCCUCUAUGCCUUACUAAAAGACCACCACCACUCACCAUCACCACCACCACCAGAACAGAACAAGGCACUAAUGUCAGCCCAUGUGGCCCUCACCAAGGCACUACUAACAGCACAGGCAUCAGGGAGUCAUGCGCUGGUUACCUCCUCAGUGCUGUGGCUUGUAUUGCAGCAUCUUGAGCCACAAAGAGCCACAGGGACCUUCCUCAACACUCUCUGGGUUGUGAAUUAUCUUAGGAGGGAAAGGAGGGGAAAGGUAUUGGAAGGAAAUGAUGAAGAACAGGGAGAAGAAUGUAUGGAAGGUGAUACAAGAAGGAAGAAAGGAAAAGAUGAAGAACUGGAGAAAGAAAGAGAAUGUAUGGAAGGCAAUACAAAAAGAAAGGAAGGAAAAGAUGAUGAAGAACAGGAAGAAGAAGAAGAACAUAUGGAAGAUGAUACAAAACUGAGCACUAGAGCAACUACCCACAUACAUUUAAAGGACACUAAACUUGCUGGGAAAGGAAUGAAAGCAAAUACACAGGAAGAAAAGAUUAAAGAAGAAGGAGAAGAAGAAAGCACUAUAGCAAGCCAUGAGAAAGAGAGUGUGAAGGGAAAGGCAGAAAAGAAAGGGAAAACAAAAACACUAAAAAUAAAAGCAAAAGAACAGGAAGAAGAGAAAGAGGAAGAGGAAGAAUUAACCACAAUAAAAAUUCAUAAAGAAGAAGGAGAAACAGUAAAGAAAAACACAGAAAGAAUUAAAAGCAUUCAUCUCAGGGAAGUCAAAUCAGCUCUGGAAAAAGCGAGAAAAGGAGACGAGGGAAUGAAACUAUCGAAGAGGAAUUUUGAAGACGAGUUGGAGGAAAGCUGUCACUCCUCCUCCACCCUUCUCCUCCAAGGUAUGCUGAAUGCUGGAGGAAAGUGGGUGGUGAAGGAGGAAAAAGAAGAGAACGAGGAGGAGGAGAACCAGGAAUAUGGAGGCAAGGCAUUUCUCUUCUCUCUUCAUCCACUUCUACUUAAGCUGUGUAGUGGAGAAGCCGCCCAACACACUUAUCAAGCCUUCCAAACUCUACACCUCUGGCUCCGUACUGUAAGAAACCUCGGCGCUCUGGAACGACAAACAAAAACCAGCAGCCAUUCAGUGCCAAAGGAAAGUGGGAAAGGGAGCGAGAGAGUGCCACAGGGCCACACGCUUCCCUCAGGGCCACCACAUCCGUCACAGGAGCCACUGUUCAGCAUGGCCCCAGGAUCACCAGGACCCGUGUGUGAACUCAUGAAUGCAUCGUGGGAGAGUCCUGCAAAAGGUGUUGGAGAGAUGGUGGGCAAGUGUAUGGAGGAACUUCUCUCCCUCCACGAAGACGGAGAGAAAGGGAAACGAAAGAAGCUGGCCAAGGAAAUGCUGGACGCUCUUCUCUCCUCCUCCUCCUCCUCCUCCUCCUCCUCUUUCUCCCCCUCCUUCUCCUCUUCCAUAUGGAGCAGCAAAAGUUCCUACCCUCCUCUGGCUCUUGCUGUGACCCAUCUUGGCUGUGAAGAGGCCCUGCAGCAUCACCCAUCCCUGCCAUCUGACCUCACCUACAGUCUGGGGGUGAACCACUUGGCCCCCCCCGGCACUGCUGUCUACAAGGUGUUUCUGGCACAGUUACGGGAGGCAUCCUGGAGGACUCACUUUCUGGCACCCAUCUGCAAGGCACUGUGCUCCCAUGAUAGACUAACUCAACAGCACAUCUUGACUCUCUGGCUGCCCCCAACUUUAAGGCGCUUCCCUGAGGUCCACUGGGCUCUGCUGGCACCCUGCGGCACUGAUACCCCCUCCUGGCUGGCCCGCAUGGCACUUCUCAGGGUGGCACGCUCUGUAGGGUCACUGCAUCUGGAGGGGAAGAAAAGGGACGUCAGUGGCACUAAUUGGCAUAGUGGGAUGUUGAGUGCCAGAGAUAUGGAGAGAGAGAAGAGUGCCAGUUUGAAGGUAAUGGAUGAGGGGUUGUUGAGUGCCAGGGAUGAAGGUGAGAGUGCCAAGGAAGAGAGGCCAGGGAAGGAGAGGAAAGAAGAAGAGGAAGAAGCAAGAAAGGAAGAGAAAGAAGGAAGAAUAGUGGAAGAUGAAAGACAAGAAGGGGAGAAAAAUAGAAAAAGAAGCCAGGAAAUGGAAAAUAAAGAUGAAAAAGAAGAAAAUAUAGACAAAAAAGACAUAAAAGAGGAGGAAGAAGGAAAUAUAAACAAGAAUGAACCAAAAGAAGAUGAGAAAGAAGAGAACAAAGGAAAAGAAAAGGAAGAAGAAGAAGAAAAUGAAGAAGAAGAGGAAGACCACAACCCACAAAUCCACCACUACAUCACAAUGGCACUUCGACACAGGGACGAAAACGUGCGGCUCGAGGCCCUUCACCUCCUAUGCCAGACCCAGAAGACAUCCCAGCCAGUUACGCCCUUCGAAGCACAGUGCCUCAAGACCUUCCUCACCCAUAACCUGAACAUCGACUCGGCACCAUUCCGUCAAGGCCUCCUAAAAUGCGUUGCGGCACUCAUGGUUAGGCUGAGGGGUGCCACUGCCUCUGUGUGUAAAUCUGGGGGUGCCAAUGUUACUAAGAGGUCAAGGGGUGCCUCUAAGUCUAAGGGUCAGGUUGGCAAAGGGACUAAGGGUAUGGGGAAAGGAUAUUUGGGGUCAGUUGGCACUCUCGGAUCAGGUGCAGUGCCAAGGGAAGAGAAGAAAGGGAUUAAUUGUGAUGAAAGUUCUCGAAAAAAGGAAGUAGAAGGGAAGAAAAUGGAAGUAGAAGAGGAGGAGAAGGGGAAGAUAGAGGAAAAGGAAGAAGAGGAGGAGGAGGAGGAAGAGGGCGUGCUAUCAACCAGCGCCAACAUCAUCCUGGGGCUUGCAAGGGAGGUACACCGCGGAAUGGCGCCAGACUCUAACUACCAACGCCGCAUCCUUGCCUUACAGCUCUAUAAGGAGAUAUUAGUGGCUCUCUUACCCUUAGUGGCUCACCCUAGUCUUGGGAAGAGGAGCAACACGAGCCCUGAGCCACUCGUAACAUACCUAAACACUCUCACUGAGAAGAAGAAAGGCGUUUGGAGGAAUAGCACUUGUCAGUCGUGUGGUGAAUCAGCUCUGGAGGACGAGGGUGUAAGGUGUGAGAAGGAUGUGUUUGGUCAGUUGCAUGUCACAUCACCUCAGGAAAAGGAUGUGGCUUGUCAGUUGCAUGUCACACUAUCUCAUAAGGACAAGAGUUUUGGGGUUGAUAAGAAUAUGUCUGGUCAAUCGCAUGUCACACCAUCUUGUAAUGCAUAUAAAGGCCUUGAAAACAGCAUUGAAACCCCGUUAGAUUGCAAUGAAGACUGUGAGAAAGGAGAAACAGCAUCACAACCCCUUAUGAAGAGUGUUGUCAGUACCCAAGGAGACAGAGAGCCAUCAAACCAAUCUGCUAUGGGGGCAUUGAACCAGGCUUUUGUUGACACCCAUGAGGAGAAAGACCCAUCAAACCAGCUUCUUCUGCACACAUAUGGGAACAAAGGGCCACAAAUCCAGCCUUCCCAGCCCUUUCUAGAUACCCAUGUAAACAAAGAGUCAUUUAACCAGCCUUCUACAGACACCCAUGGAAAUAAAGGGUCACAAAAUCAGCCUUUUCUGGACACCCAUCGAAAUAAAGGGCCUCAAAAUAAGCCUUUCCAGACUUUUCUAAAUAUCCAUGGAAGCAAAGGGUCUCAAAUCCACCCUUCCCAGCCCUUUCUAGAUACCCAUGGAGACAAAGGGCCAUUAAACCAGCCUUUCCUGGACCUCAAAUACCCUUGGACACUCACGACCCUUCUCCAGUUAGCCCAAGAUGAGAUGAGCGACAUUCGAACAGAAGCGUGUGAGAUCAUCUGCCUGUUUGCCUCUCAGGGGAUGCAUUUGAGUGCCUCUGAGGGGAAGGAGUGGAUGAGAUGUGCGCUGAGGCUUUGCGACUCCCCCAAGGCCAGCGAUGCGGAGAGUGGUGGUACCCUGGCCCUCACGGUGGCACUCCUCCUGCCGAGAGAGUGCCAAGGGGAUGUGCUGGAGGCUGUGUUUGGGGUGGAAAUGAAGGGUAGUGGUGGUGGUUGUGGCACUCAUUCACCCUCCCUUGUUGAGUGCCUCCUAGCCAGAGUGGAGCGCCAGUUUGGUGCCGCCCAGAACAACCUUCUCAGUGCCGCCCGACACACACCCAUCCAUGGCACUCUGCAGGCUCUUGGGCGCUGCAUCAGCCAGGCCGAGGAAGGGACAGGGAAGGAGAAUGGAAGCGCGUCCACCCAUCCCUCUGAUCUGCCUUACCGCCUGGCCUCUCUUCUACAGCAGCUGGUGGAGUUUGUUCUGGACACUCUGGCCUCGACGUCACUCCUUGGGGCAGCUGUGCCUCCAUCCUUUGCCGAGAUGGGAGAGGCUGUCGGAAGAGUGGUGGAGAAGGGGAAGGAAGAGGAGGAAGAGGUGGAGAAAGAUCCCUCGCUUUCAUCUGUUUCAUCUUUACUGGAGGAGGAAGAGGAAGAGGAGGAGGAGGAGGAGAAGGAGGGGGGAUUGCUGUCCAGUGAUCAUGUUCUUGUUCUCUCCUGCUGCUGGCAAAUACUGAAGAGUUGCUGUGAGGUCACUUGCCAAGCCGUCCACCUCUUCAGCCACGACCCCAAGGCUAUCGACGACCUCAUUCGGGCUGUGGUGGUCAGGGUCCUGCUCGGUACUCGGCACAAGGGGGCCAUGGAGGCAGCGAGGGCCACCUAUGCCUCCCUGUGGGCCAAGCUGCUGCUAAAGAGUGCCGCAUGGAGAGGGUCAUGUGGCACUGUUGACCCUCGCUUGGUGAAUAUUUUGCAUAGACAGGUUGGUGAGGUUGUGUCAUCGCUGGGAUCACCAAGCCACACCUCCGUGACCCGACGUGCGGCAGGCGUGGCCAUGAUGGUGCAGGCUGCGUGUGGGGCCGCACCACGCACCACCACCUCCCUGCUCACCACCACGCUGGCCACACUCAUCACCAUCGCUUCCACAGAGGUUGCCCUGGACGAGGCUGGCACUACUGACGCUCCACCGGCUCUGGCACUCCACAUUCUUCAGUCAUUGGCACUCCACUCCCCUCUCGGCCCAUUCCUUCGGCCUCACCUCACUCCACUUACCAACUGCUGCCUUCACGCCUUCUCCAGUCCGUCUUGGGCCAUUCGGAACGCAGCGCUACAGCUCUUUGGGUCAUUAGUGUCGUGCCUGGUGGGGCAGAAGAAGGUGAGGGACGAUGCCUCCACUCUCAACAGCCUCACUGCCCCGGAAUUCCUCUCGCGGCACCCUUCCCUGGCACUCUACUUCCUUGAGGCGCUGGAGGGUGACUCUGGGUGCCGCGAGGAUGAGGAUGAUGAUUCAUUGACACGAGAGAAUAAAACGCACACAUCACAACAUACACACACAAAAACGCACACACAUAUACACUCUGAAUUGCAAGGAAAACGCACACACAAACAGGCAGAUACGCAUACAUGCACACACUCUGAAACACACAUACACACACAGGCAGCAGUUUCACACAUCACAAGGGCCUCCAUUCUAGUGCCAGUUCUGAGCCUUGUUGCCAGACUAUCACCCGGCACUGGGCUACAACAGAAUCCACAGCUUGCCAAGACGCUCCACAGACUCUGGUGCGCCACAGCCUGCUUCCUCGCCUCCCCCGUCCAUGGCGUACGCAGACUAGCGGCCUCGGCACUGGUCUCCCUCACCCCUAGCGACAUGGCACUCGACCAAUCCCUCGGCAUUCUCCUUAAAGUGUCUGAUCAUCACACACCAACGAACCUACUAAAUGGGCUUCUCAUGUUACUCUUUAGCUUCCUUCAGACAUACCCCAAGCUUGCCACAGAUGCCAGGCUUAGAGACCAUGGCACUGAGGCCCUCUCUUGGCUCCUGGGUCCAAAAAAUAAGUGCCAUGUCAACACAGCUCUGGCACUGAAGAUUAUGAUGGCACUGGGGAUUAAAGAAGUGGAUACCCUGCAUAUGGAAGCUCCAAUGCCAUCCCUCCCUGGUGCUGCAGAGUGCCACCUCACACACACACUCCUACAGCUGGCACUAAGGCCCGAAUGCACCAUUGAGAAUAUCUUUUUGGCAAACCCUCCAGCUGAUAGUGACAUUCUGGAUGGGUGUUCGAGUGCCAUUCUAGCCAAGAUCAAGGAGUGCCAGUGCUCCGUGAGGUUGUUGAAGUAUGAGUCGCUCCUCUGGUGCCGGCUUGAGGAUUACACACUGUCUCCUAAGGCUGUGGCGGCACUACUGAGCCUCCUGAGUGCCGUGAUGGAGAGAGAGGAAAGUACCAGUCUGAGUCUACCCAAUCAUAGGCUGAGACUGGUUCUGGCAUGCAUGGAGGGCAAGCAAGGGAGCCGAGCCUCAUGUGCGGCACUGGUCCUCACAGCACACUUGCUGAGGAAGCCACACGUCACACAUGGCACUCUCAAGGCAUUCACAGCAGCCAUCACACGGCACUCACAACCCACAACCUCAGAGGACCACAGACUGGCAGCAUCAGUGGCACUCAGCAUUGCCAUAAACCCACUUCUAUGCCAGUGCCAGUGUGUUGAUCUGGCACUCAAGGAACAGCUGAUCAUGGCUACUGUGGCUCUCCUUCAGGAUGAGGACUCUGGCAUCAGGGACUCUGCAGCUGAUAUUGUGGUGGCACUACUAAAACCCUCACAUAGUCCGUCGAAAGUGCCACAUGAGCUUCAGCCUUCACCAUCACACCCUAACCUAGCCUUGUACGAGCUCCUUCAAUGGCUGGCUGAAGAGUGUAUAUCAGCCGAGGAUUGGGGUCUUCUUAGGAUCCUCUGGUAUCUAGGUUCUGGCCAGAGUAUGUUAGCUUCCUCCUGUACAGCUGUCUCUCUCACAGGUAAUAAUACAAGGCUCUUCCAGUCCCACUCGGCUAACUUGUAUCACGAACCUAAGCAGCUGAGUGUGAUGGUGGGUGAGGCAGUGAUGGUAGCCGUGCGUAGGGUGACUGUACGACACAAAGAGUGUUACCAUCUACACAACACCACAGAAAAGAAAGAGGCAGAUGAGGUUUUGCUGGCCAAACAAUGCAAAGAAUGUAAUCAUCUACAUAAGACCUCAGAAAGUGAACGGGUGGGUGAGUCUUUGUUGGCAGGUGUUCAUGGGCUGACUGGGCAAUGCAGAGAGUAUGACCAUCCACCCAAGACCACAGAAAAUGAAGGGAGAGGUGAACUGAAACAUAUUCUGGAUGGUAGUAAAAAAAUACCCCAAAAUCUGAACCACUGCACAUUACACAAAAAGAACGGAGAGGAAAACGUUACGACACUCCGAGAAAAUUAUACGCAAAAACAAACCACAAGGAACUGUACCCAAAUGAAGAUCCCAGACUGGCUCGAGGAGGAAAGAUUAAAGUUAAACAUCCGUGGGGAGACGCUACACACACUAACCUCCGAACAUAGUCUCUGGCACAACAGACUACUGGCAACAGAGGCCGGGGUGUACGUGGUGGCCUGUAGGGUGUUCGAGUACCUCUGUGGUGUAUUUGGUGUGUCUUCCAAGCUGGCGUAUCCCUUGGCAUGGGGUGAGAAGGGCUACAGUGUGGUGAAUGGAGCGAGAUGAAAUUCCGAGUGAGCCCAUGAAUGAGGUUAGUUGGGUUCUCAUUGUAUUUAUGAAUGAACGUGUGUUGUAUGAAUCUGAUUUUUUAAUACAAUAACUUAUAAUAUAUACCUGAUCAUGUACAAUAAGAUACCCAUAUUUUUAGAGGAGACAGACUGAAUUUAUAUAUUUAUGAAUGUAUAUAUAUUGAAUGAAAAUUUAUUAUACUACUUUAUUAUAGAUCUGAUUUCCCAAGGAGAGUUCUAUACUAAUACUAAUAAUAAUAAUAGCAAUAAUGACAACCCACAUCACUUAACGACUAAGAGAAGACAUAUCAUCAGAAGGUAUUAAUUACGAAACAACUCAAAUAUACCAAACGUUUAUUACAGUUUAACUCAUAUAAAAAGAAUAUCAAUGGUAGUGUGCUGUGGGGGCUGAAAGGGAGGGAGAGGGAAAAAGUGGGGGGGUAACCCUGACUUGGGGGGGGUGAGGUUCCACUGUGACCUGCCUGAAAAAGAGGUUUGAGGUCAUGGCUUCAUUUGACCUGACCCCAUGCCAAGGUGACCCCGCCCAUCCCCCUUCCUCCCCUCCAGUCCCCAGGAAACAAGUACACAUGAAUGAUUCUUUGCCGCACACACACACAUACACACAAGUACACAUAUACAUCACAUACAUACAUAAUUACAUUUACUCUUAUUAUUUUAUUUACUUUUUUAUUAAUAUUCUCCUUGCUGCCUUUUAUUCAUUAUUUAUAAGUUUAGAUAUGUAAGUGAUUUCCACAUUUUAUGCCUUGUUGAAAAAGGAAAUAUGCUCAAAAAUGGAUAUCUAACAGCAAUUAUUAUUAGCACAACCAUUUUUUGAAGUUUGCAGUGAUUGGAAUCCUCUCACACACACACACACACACACACACACACACACACACACACACAC